UGCCCACCCCGCCAGACCGACUCGGCUCGACACCACACAACCCAAGAAACACCACCGCUACCGAAGCGAUAUACAACUCUCGAUCGAGUAUCACUAUAACCGAAUCUUACGAUAAAAUCCUCCGAUACCCUUCGUAAAACCGAAAAUACUCGCCCAGCAUGCCUGCCCCGACCGCCAAGCAGGUAGAGGUUUCUGCCCCGCCAUUCGAGGCGGCUUUCCAAGAGCCUCAGCAAGACGAGGAGCUCCUACUCGAUGCGCCCACCCUGCCCGAAGAGAUGGACGCGAUUCUGCCCAGCGUAACGCAAAACGGAGAGGAGGGCGAAAUGGUUGUCGACGAGGAGAACCGCCCGCACUUUGCGCCCGCCAGAGACAUUGAUCCCGUCACCAGAAUAGAGACUCGCAAGGUCCCUGUGCCUCCUCACCGAUUCACCCCGCUCAAGUCUUCCUGGCCCCAGAUCUACCCCCCGCUCGUCGAGCACCUCAAGCUCCAGGUCCGCAUGAACCCCCGCCGGAAACAGGUUGAGCUCCGGACCUCGAAGCAUACCACCGAGGACGGCGCCCUGCAAAAGGGCGAGGAUUUCGUCAAGGCCUUCACCUUGGGCUUCGAUGUCGACGACGCUAUUGCGCUGCUGCGUUUGGACGACCUUUACAUCGAGACUUUUGAGAUUCGCGAUGUCAAGCAGGUUAUGGGUAACGAGGCGCAAGGCCGUGCCAUUGGUCGCAUUGCAGGCAAGGACGGCAAGACAAAGUUCGCGAUCGAGAACGCCAGCAAGACCCGUAUCGUCCUGGCCGACAGCAAGAUCCACAUCCUCGGCGCGUACAAGAACAUCCACAUGGCUCGUGAGUCCAUUGUCAGCUUGAUUCUCGGAAAGCCGCCUUCCAAGGUCUACGGCAACCUGCGGACGGUCGCGGCGCGCAUGAAGGAGAGAUUCUAGAGAGACGGGAUAGCAUCGAAAAAAAAAAGAAGCCUUUGGACAAACGAGGCGGGAAGAUCAAAAUCAUGGGGAAAAGACUCUUUUUUUCCACCUUUUUGGGUGGGUUUAAUGAUUGGCAUGAAUGGCAUCCUAUCAUGGACUAUGGCGUUGUGGGCAUUUUAGAGAGAUUCCAAAAAAAAAAAAACCCCUUUUUCAGCUAGGGACUUGGGGAAGAAAUGAAAGAAAGAAUUCAAAACAUUUUGAGUUCGUACAUAUCUCACAAAUGACUUGCAAGAUGAGAC